CUUAAUUCAGCCCCCGGCUCUGUAACUGAGCUCAGGAUACAGCGGCUGUCUGCGCACAGACUGCUCCCCACAUCACUGGAGAGCAGCAGGUCUGCGACAUGGCUAAAGAAGGAGCAGAUAUGACUGAGGAAACCCAGUAUAUGAUAGACAGGAAUGCGGGUAAAGAAGGGGUGAGCGUGGAAUCGCCUUCAAACGCCAAAGAAAUGCGAGCGGUGGUCCUGGCAGGUUUCGGAGGUCUGAACAAACUCCGGGUUACCAAGAAGGCAAUGCCCGAGCCCCAGAAUGGUGAAGUGAAGAUCCGCGUCAAAGCAUGUGGCUUGAAUUUCCUGGAUUUGAUGGUACGUCAGGGGAAUAUUGAUAAUCCUCCAAAAACUCCCCUUGUUCCUGGAUUUGAGUGCUGUGGAAUAGUGGAGUCUGUGGGUGAAAACACACAGGGAUUUGAGAUAGGUGACAGAGUUAUGGCAUUCAUGAACUACAAUGCCUGGGCCGAGGUGGUUUGCACACCGGUGGAUUUUGUUUACAAGAUGCCAGAUGAAAUGAUGUUUGCAGAGGCAGCAGCAUUCUCCCUGAACUUUGUGGCUGCGUAUAUGAUGCUCUUUGAAGUCGCCAAACUACGGGAAGGAAUGUCGGUGCUGGUCCACUCAGCUGGGGGUGCGGUGGGACAAGCUGUGGCUCAGUUAUGCUCCACUGUACCUAAUAUAACUGUGUUUGGGAUUGCUUCCUGCUUCAAACAUGCAUCCAUCAAAGACUCCGUGACGCACCUCUUUGACAGAAACACGGACUACAUACAAGAAAUCAAAAAGAUCUCUCCAGAUGGAGUUGACAUUGUGCUAGACUGCCUGUGUGGAGAAAACACAGGGAAAAGCCUGAGUCUACUCAAGCCACUGGGAACCUACAUCCUCUACGGCGCGUCAAACAUGGUAACUGGGGAAACAAAGAGUUUCUUCAGCUUUGCAAAAUCUUGGUGGCAGGUGGAGAAGGUGAAUCCUAUUAAACUUUAUGAGGAGAACAAAGUCAUAGCUGGGUUCUCCCUCCUCAACCUCCUCUUCAAGCAAGGACGAUGUAGUCUUGUGAAAUCGGUGAUGGACAAACUCUUGAGUCUCUAUGAACAGAAGAAGAUCAGGCCUCUAGUGGAUUCCUUGUGGGCGCUGGAGGAGGUGAAAGAGGCCAUGCAGAGAAUUCACGACAGAGGCAACAUUGGAAAACUUAUUCUGGAUGUUGAGAAGUCUCCCACCCCUUUGAUGGCCAAUGAUAGCACAGAGACCAGUGAAGCUGGAGAGGAAGAGGAGGAGCCUGAAGGAGAUAAUGACAGCAAGGAGCGAAUGCCUUUCAUCCAUUAGAAUCGAUGUAUGCCACUGCUGCUCACCUAGAGAUGGCACAGAUUCACUACGGAGGAACCCAACCAGUGUGUAUAUAUGUCUGCAUGUCCUGUGUGCAUGUUUGCAUAAAUGUCUGAAUGUCUUGGUGCUUUUUGUCUGUUACCUAUUACUUGUUAGUAGAUUGGGAAAAGAAGAAAUAUAACCUGUUUGUAGUGCAGGAGCCAUUCUAUAGCAGCAUCUUACUCUUUGCUGUAUAAUGAUGUAAUGUCAGUAUUUUAGUUUAAAUUAUAAAUUAUCUGCCAACAGUACGAUGUAUUGAAAGCAGAUUGUAAAUGCGGGAAAACCUGCUGAAUCAGUCCUAUUUAUGCUAAGCAGACUUUGUUUGGUAACAGGAGAACAAUUUUAAGUUGAUAAAACAACAGAAAAAUUGUGGAAAUUUAUCUUCGUAUCUUAAUGCUGUCCAAGGGUGCACAGUGGUAUGCACACCUCUGUUUAAAGUCCAGGUUUUGUGACAUAAAAUAUGAGACAACCAUAAAAAAACUUUCUAAAUGUUUUCUAUGUGUCCUGUCCAAUUCAACUGGGAAACAAGCAAGUCUGUUAUGGAGAAAAGUGUAAAAAAAUUAAAUGGCAUUAAUAUGUUGGUUUGUUAAUUCUGCACACCCACAAACUAAUGCAUAGUUGAAGCACCUUUUGAUUUUUAUUCCACUAUUUAGUUUUCUUUAGUAGGUGUCCAUCAUUAUCCCAAAUUUAGACCUAGCAAUAUUGUCUUUCCUAAAGAAGUUGUCCAAAUCAGUCGUAUUAUAAGGACAUCUCUUGUCCACAGAGUCCUUCCUUAACAAACCCUAGACAUUUUGAUUCACAUUUAGUUCCAGACCAUUCCCCAACUUUGAUUUUCUUCAGAUGAAGGCAGUCUUUUGGUAAUUGGGAUUUAUGCCUGGUCUUUCUGUGUUACUGAAGAAUAAAUCCCCUUUUCAUCUUCAGAUUUCCGGCAGACAUCUGAAGGUUUUGGUCAAAAUUGACCAAUAUUCAGGGCGUGGCAUGUGGCGUAACGGUAGAGCGCUUGACCCAUGUACCCAGUUCUUGAUGCAGCCGUGUCCCAACCCCGGGGACCUAUGCUGCAUGUCUUCCCCCUCUCUCCACCACAAGUUCUGUCUGCCUACUUAAAAAAAAAAAACUUAUUACAAAAAAAAAAAGAAAUUCAGGCAUUAGUAUUGCAAUAAAACCCAUUCAGGACUGCUCAUGAUUUUAUCGACAUUGACAUAAAACUUCACUUUGUUGUGAAGUUGUGAAAGUAACUCCAGAGAAUGAUGUUACCACCUCCAUGUUUCCCUGUGGAUUAUCUUUUGAAAUUGUGGCCCAAAGUCAAGUUUUGUAAAAUAUUUUUUGUCCAGUUAUUAAUGACUGUAUUUGCUGGGCCAUAAUAUAAAAUGCUGUGGGGUGAAAUUGUGACCCUCUCCUGACUGAUACAUUUGCAAAACAACAUCCUUUUGAUCUUUUGUGACUUCUCUGCAAACAUUUAACUAAAAGGAUGCAAAUUAGAAAAUGUCAGGGAAAUCCUACUUGGACAGGUGAAAGUGUUUUAGAUUAAACUCAUUUACUAUAGCCGAUCGCAGGUGUGAACUCAAGACGUAAUCUUGAUCUUUAAUUAAAAAUGUGCUUCAAAAACAUUAGUUUCAAGGUGCCUGCUCUUAGGCAACCAUGUUUGCAGUCUUUGUUUUACAAACAAACUCUAACACACAGUAGUUUAUUCUAACCUCCCCAACAACCCCGCACCAUUCCAAACCCUUUGUGAAGUGCCUUGAGACGACAUGUGUUGUGAAUUGGCGCUAUAUAAAUAAAACUGAAUUGAAUUGAUUUGAUUGAAACAUUUUCUCCCGACAUAUGUGUUUGUUUUUGAGUGGAACUGUGCACGUUAAAGGCAGGGGCAGUUAAAAAAUUAUUCACCUUAUUUUUUUACAUCCCAAAAACCUUGCCUAUUUAAAUUGAGCAUAUACACUUUUGAAAGUCAUUGUAUGUCCUUUCCACAUAUGACAAAGUAAAGUGCCAAAAGGAUAGCCAGAAAAGUUGGUGUGUGGACGUUGUACUAUAACUUUUACCUGAUAAGCCAUCCUUUAAGGAGCACCAGUGCCUUUGAGCUACAAAUUAGUGUUUUUAAUAUGUCCACAUGUGAAGCUUGAAAUAAAACACUAACAAAAAUGUUUUAGUUAAACUUACAAAUUGGCUUAAAAGAGGUCAAAUUUGUGUAAUGAUUUUAUGCCUUGUAAGAAGACAAAGGUUUUCUGUUUCCGCAGUGUGCUGGUUGAUUCCAAAAUGAUCUAUUUAUCCCGAGCGUGACUAAAAUACAAAACAUGACAUAGUGUUACCCUUAUUAUUGCGUAUAUAAUGCAGAAGGAGUGAUAAUAACUGAUCCUGGAUUUUCAUGAAGUAGCCAAUCAGAGUGGAGUCGAAGGUCUGUGGAGUCUCUGCUCUCCUCGUCUGACCAAAGUUGUUUACUUUUUGGUGCCUCACAACAAAGUGCCAUAAUACUUAGAGAUGAAAAUUUUUACUGUGAAAGCUAAUGUAAGUUUGAUCAGCACUAUGUCUUAUAUGUUUAAGAAGCUAUCUGUGAGUUGUUCCAAAUUCUUCCACAUCUGUUCAGGUUAGAGUUUUGGUUUUAGUUUCUACUGUAAAAAAGGAUUUGUUAUUUGCCCUUUUUGCACAGCCUUGCAUCCACGCUGUGUUUUCAAAUGAGCGGGUUGUUUAAAUGAUGCAUCAUUUUAUACAGGCCAAAUUUUCUCAGCUUAAACAAAUUAAUCUCACCAGUACAUUUUAAAUACAUCAGCAUUACAACAAAAACAGAACUAGUAAAUCCUGCAACUCUUGAAAGUGUGUGAAAAGGCAGUUUGAAACUAGUAUACAGUCAAAGUCAUGAAGUCUUUUAGAUUUUGGAACUAGAAGAAAGGUUUUAGAUUUUUGCUGCCUUUAAUGUCCUGUCUGUGUGAAGGAGUGUGUCUGUGAAUGAAAGGAUAUGUGUUUUUUGGGUGUGCGUUACUGUAUUUGCUUGUAAAAGAUAAAAUAAAAUCUGUGCAAAGACAUUCAGCACUGUAGUGUAUUUGCAGCAUUCUUUUUAAAAAACGGUCUUAUAUUUUUGUCACAGUUUUUGUAUAUUUUCUUUGAGCGCGGCUCUGUUUACUUGAAUAAAUUUAUCUGCAAAGUAUACCAUAA